GCAGGCGGACAGACAGACAGAUAGGUGGACACUUGCUUAUCGCACAUUUAAGGAGAAUUGGUAAAAUCCGUGAUCGCAAUUUCAAGUCAUGCUCGGAAAAAACACGAGUGAUAGUUUGUGAUCGGAGUCAUUUUUGGAAGCGAUCCUUACUGGCAGAAUGAGUUCCCUCCCUUUCCCUGCCCAGUGUUCCCAGCUCCCUCGUUGGGAGUGAUGUCACUGGUUGGCUGUUUUCACUGAGCCGAAACGCGGAGAAUCAUGGCGGCUGCCGUCUGGUGCUUCUCGUCGGGAUCCGGCUGAUCUCCAGCACUUUCAUUCGCUGAGCUGCCGGUGAGGAUGGACGGGAAUGGCUUCCCGGACCAGGAGCAACUGCUGCAAUUUUUAACCAAGCUGAAGGAGGUGUUUGAUGUAUGCGAUGAAGAUGCCGAUGGCUACAUUCGUGUCGAGCAUUUCAUAGACCUGGGCUCCCAGUUUGGACAAGGAGAUGAGGUGGAAAAGCUUGCCAGGUACCUGGACCCCAAUGAGUUGGGCAGAGUGAAUUUCAAGGACUUUUGCCAUGGUGUAUUCGCCAUAAAGGGCUGUGAGGAGAUUUUGAAGAAUGCUUUGGCCAUUAGAAAUGGCACAUGCCGGCCAUGUGAAGUGGACUACAGAGACUACACUUAUCAGCGUGGAGAGGUUGUCUUGGGUCCUCCCCAUCUGGCAUGCAACCAGCCAUUCAGAGACUGUGAACUUUUCUCUAGUGAUCACACCAUGACACUAGCCCAGCACAACGCCCACCACGAGUCAGACAUGGACAGCGCCAUCGAGAGCACACAUGGCUCAGAAGCAUCUGAUAUCUCCCGUGGAGAAGAUAAAGAUGAAGGGCUUGGAAGCCUCCUCCUUUCAGGAGAGAAAUGUCUCCAGCUUAGCUCUCUAGUGCCCUCGGACCUGUCCACACAUUCUACAACAUCACUCAUCAGCAAUGAAGAACAGUUUGAAGACUAUGGUGAAGGAGAAGAUGUGGACUACAGUCCCAGUAGCCCUUGUGCCGAUGAUGAAACCAGAACCAAUGGCUUUUCAGAUCUGGGAUCAUCUGUGUCUUCAAGUGCUGGUCAGACUCCUAGAAAGAUGAGACAUAAUUAUAAUAGUGAAUUACUUGACAUCUACUGUUCACAAUGCUGCAGGAAGGUCAAUCUCCUGAAUGACUUAGAAGCCAGACUCAAGAACCUGAAAGGCAACAGUCCAAAUCGCAAAAUUUCCAGCACUGCUUUUGGGAAACAGCUGCUCCACAACAGCAAUUUCAGCAGCAGCAAUGGCAGCACAGAAGACUUGUUCAGAGAUAGCAUAGAUUCCUGUGACAAUGACAUAACCGUGAAGGUGAGUCAUUUGGAAAAGAAAGUGACAGAACUGGAAAAUGACAGCUUGGUCAAUGGAGAUUUGAAGAGCAAACUGAAACAGGAAAAUACGCAGCUUGUACACAGAGUACAUGAGCUUGAGGAGCAGAUAAAAGACCAGGAGGCACGAGCAGAACAGACCCUGGAGGAGGAAAUCAAAAGACACAGAGAAGCCUACACUAAGCUGGAACGAGAAAAAGGCAUUGAAAUUGAACUUCUCAGUAACAGGGUACAACAGCUAGAAGAGGAGAACAGCGAGAUGACAGCCACUGUUACUAGACUGAAGUCACAAACUGAAAAACUGGAUGAGGAAAGGCAAAGGAUGACAGACAAGCUUGAAGACACAAGCCUUCGGUUAAAAGAUGAGAUGGACUUGUACAAGAAAAUGAUGGACAAGUUGAGACAAAACAGGCAUGAAUUUCAAAAAGAGAGAGAGGCCACACAAGAGCUCAUUGAAGAUCUCCGCAGAGAGUUGGAACAUCUGCAGAUGUUCAAAUUAGAGACGGAACGGCCAGGCCGAGGCAGAAGUUCAUCAUCAAGUCUUUCAGAGUACAAUGCCAAAACUCGGGAGAUGGAACUGGAAUAUGAGAUCAAGCGGCUGAAACUGGAGAACCAAAAGCUUCGGGAUCAGAAUGAUGACUUGAAUGGACAGAUUCUCAGCCUCAGUCUGUAUGAAGCCAAGAACCUCUUUGCAACUCAAACCAAAGCUCAGUCCCUAGCUGCAGAAAUAGACAAUGCAUCACGGGAUGAGCUGAUGGAGGCUCUAAAGGAACAAGAAGAAAUUAACUUUCGCCUACGUCAAUACAUGGACAAGAUCAUCUUGGCAAUCCUGGACCAUAAUCCGUCCAUACUGGAAAUUAAAAAUUAGGAGACCUCAUUGGAGGUGGACAAGAUGCUUCCAGCUGGUAAUGGCCAGGGCCCAACUUGCCGCCAUAACUUUCCUUCCACAGCGGCUGUCUCUUUGUGUGUUUACAAGGAUUCUAGUGCAACCCGUUGUAGUCUGUGAAUCACCAAGGUGUUUAUAUAUUAUGUGCACUUUUUCUGUUUUUUGGGUGAAAUCUAAAAAAAAAAAAAAUACAGUAUGGGUCAUAAUAAUGUAGCGCAAGAGUUGUCAUAACUAGGGCAAUUUAAAUUAAAGGUCUACCUCUGCUUUUAUAGUUAAUUGUUAGAAUGGCAAAGGUGGGCACACAGUAAGGGUGCAGGAAAAAAAGCUCCUCCCCAAAGUUGAGAAAGAAUUAUAUUUAAAAACAAAAAAGACAUAAAUACAGCCACCAGAUGAAUAUGUCUAAUGAAGCAUAUUAACCAUCACAGCCAUUAAAAUUGAAAAUCCCCAUUCUAUAAUGAAAUGUAAUUAUUGGGCUUAAAUAAUACUGAGGGAAAGUUCUCUUAUUUGCAGAAAACAAUGACCAAAUUCAACACCAUUGUUUUAUCAAGGCUAUUAAAAGAAUUUUAGAUAAUUUUAUUUGGACUUCAAAGACUGAAACUAAAUUGUAACGUCAAUACAGCUUCACAAUACAAGCAGUUUUGUUUUGAAGAUUGUUAGUUGACAGAUGCUGUCCACAAGAGAAACUAGGCACCCUAAUAAUAAUAAGAAACUGGAAUCCCACCAUAUUGUCUAUACUGAUGGUUCUUCCUUUCUAUAUAGGAAAGGGCCUUUUUGGAUUGCAAAACGGGGCAUCCUCAACAAUCCCUCAGUCCCAUGAAAUGCUGUGUUGUUGCAUCUUUGUAGGGUGCCCAAAAUUCAUGUGCACUUGUACAGCACUCAUUAAUGUGAUUCUUGCACAAUUCCUGUGUUCAACUGCCAUAUUUGCUGUGAAAAUCAAGUGGCCGUUAGAUGUUAGGGGCAUGAUGUCCUGGAAUUUCUUUCCAACCUGAGUGUCGGUGUGCAUAUGUCCAUUUGGUUCUUGAUUCUGUCAAUCUCCUUGGCAGAAGCCCAAGAAGCACACAAAUGACCUACUAACACUACGGUUAAUGUGAAUGUAUACAAAAUGUUUGUGUUUAUCUAUGAAGACUUACAGAAGAUACUGGAGAAUUUGCGUACUAAUUUAUUUUAGAGUGACAGAUUUCAGAAAUAUUAUUGAAAGUCUAUUUUUUCAUAGAGAGCUAUUGUAAAUGAACUGCAACGUAUGGAAGAUUUACUGUAAUUCUAUUGUUUAAACUAGGAAUGGCUCCUAUCCAACUACAAAUGCUAAUUCCUAGCAAAAGAAAUCCUUUCAGGUUAUAUUUACUCCAUGUAAUAAUGGGUAAAAAAGAAACACAAAGGACAUCUCAAAGCUGGAUAUGAAACCUUUGAAAAGCUGCUUGCUUCUGCAAUAUCCUCUGGCCUUCAGCAGCAAUGACUGAUGCGUGCAAGUGCCACUUUUACUAGAAAAUGCUAAGGAAAUUCUUUCUAAUUGCACCAACAAAAGACCAGCUUAUGCAAAGCAAAGGAGAAUGUUGGAUGUGGAGCUCCUCUUUGUAGUAAUUAUUAUUAUGUGUAACAUAAAUUUCUGUUUUUGGUUUUCUGUUACUUAUUCAUCACACUCGAAUCAUAGGUAAUGGGAAGUGAGGCCGAGCCUCUACCUUUUUCCGUCUUUGUCCACAUGUGCUGCUGGUAUACACUUUCUCUUCUAUCCACUGGCAGGUAGUCUUUCUAUUUAAAUCAGCAGAGUAAGGCCUCCGUGCACAUAUGAAUUUAAUAACAAGCACUAUUAGCUCUGUGUCCUUAGAUAUUCACGAGAGAGGGCACUGAAAGUUUUUAUGUGCCUUUUUCUUGGAGUUUGACAAUAGUAUGAUAACAGGGUUCAACCCAACACUCGCACAGUUACUUUGGUGCCUGCAGAUUAAAGAACAAUCUGUUACUAGUAACCAGAACUGCAAAGGGAAGAUGUAUAGGACUAUGAGUGGUCAUGGACAAUGCCAGUCAGUGAGAGACAUUAGCAAAAUCAGGUUAGAGAGUAGCCCUCAGUAACCUUUAAGAGCUGCCUCAGUGGGAUUGAGAAAUCUCUUGUUGCUGUCAUGACCAGUUAAUGUAAAUUUCAUGAAUGUUAAACUUUUAAUUUCCCUUCCCUACUUUUUUUUCCCCUCAUGCAGGGCUCAACUGCAUAUGCAGCACUAGUUGCACUGACAGGGUCUGGAAAAAUUGUUACAUUUUAUGUUGCCUUCAGUGCACUUUUUUGGGAGAGGGGUGCCACUGUUAUCUUUAUCUACUGCUUUUGGUGCCUUUUAUUUAAUGUGUCACAGCUGUAGUAAAUUUCACCCCCUCUGCCCCCCCCCCCCCCCAAUCUUUGCCACAUUCCAUACUAAGGCUAAUGUGUAUUUAUUUACAUACAAAAUAUACACAAGUAGGUUUUCAGAAAUUGUAAAUUGUGUAUAUAAAAGUCACAAUUUGUAUUCAUGUGCCACUUUGUCACUGAAAAAAAAAUCUUCAUCUGUAAAGCAAUGCCUUUUUUACAGUUUGUGAGAAGCUAAAGGUAAAGUUAUCCAGUAUGUCUUUUUAUUUGGUUUUAGAAGCAAUGUAUUGUUUAAGCAUAAGAAAUGAAAAAAAAUUUGUACAAAGUGUUUUUUCUUAAUAUUUACAAAAAAAUAAUCAAGACUUGCUGUACAAAAUGCUGUUUAAUUAUUUAUUUUAGGAGCCAUGGUGCACCUUUGCUGGAUGUUUGUUCUGUGAUUUGAGGGUAAAUUCUUUGCACUGACGUCAGAGCUCAUUGUUUAGAGCUGGUGGAUGUGUUUUAUAUUUAUAUUGAUAAAAAACUGACUUGUAAUCUAAUGGUUUAUGUAAAGGCAUUAUCACUGUACUGUUCCAACAACUUCCAAUUCAAAUCUCCAUUCUUCCUUGGGAAGCACAUCAAUUUUACAGAUGAUAUAGCUUGUUGAAGAGCUGCCUUAUUCUAUUUCACUGCAAAAAUGGCAUUUUAUUCUAAUUACACCUCUAGGAAAGAUCAUGGAAUGCAGGCUAAUAUUUUGCUUCUAUUUUAACCUACAAGCUAGCAUGUGCUGACUAUUUGCUGUUGAUGAAUCUGUGAGCAGUAUACUGAAGGGUUUAAAUGGCAUUUAGAAGUAAAGGUAUGGUUUCUCCUCCCCUCACCAACUGGUGACAAGAAGAAGCAAGAACUAGUGCCUGACAGGAAGCUAAUCCCUCCAAUCCUCAGUAAGGCAAGCAGAAUACAUUACCCACAUUUAGAAGAUUGUGAAAAGUACACAAAAUUCAUCCACUCCAUUUUAAGAUGGCAAAAUUGCAUGCUGUGCCUAACAUGUCAACAGAAUGAUACUCAACAGGAAAGCUAUAUAACUUGCAAAAUGGUCUGCUGCUCUCUUUCCAUUACUGUUGGCUAUUGUUUUUUGGAUAUAAAGCCCUGCCAUUGCAGUCAAGUAAUGCUUGUGCAUUAUCUUUUUCUAAAAUUGUACAGUGAUAAUGCCUUUUCCUAAUCACUCUUCAAUUGUUACACACUCAUCUCACACACGGCUAGAGCGGUGCUUUAUUACUGUAUUGUCACAGUGUCUCCCUGGUUCAUAAUCAUGGCUGAGUGACACAAGUAGAUCUGAUGUGUUACUUAUCAUGAGCUGUAAAUAUGGUGAAUUGCUUCUGGCAUGAUUAAAGAACUGUCACAGAAAA